CCAAACCCUAACCCUAGCUCUCUCUUCUCUCAGAUCCAUUCACCGAAGACACUAUCGUUACCAGCUCAACCUAUCCGAUCUCGCUGUCAUUGCCAACGCCUACACUUCCCUCAACGUCCUACUCCUUCAGAACUAUAAAGAUUUAAUAAAUCAAAGGAGCAAAGUGUUAAAUAAUGGAGGAUGAAUCUACGAGUUGUCGUCAGUUGAAUUUUGAAGCAAAUGAAGAUUGUCAGGAUGACGAUGUGGAAAUUAUUGAUGAAGGGUUGAUCAAUGGAAAAAAUUUGGAGAACACUAAGGCACCUAUGAUGGAAAACUAUGUACCACACAUAGGUCAGGAAUUUGAAAGUGAAGAAGAUGCUUAUCAAUUUUAUUUGGCAUACUCUAGAAGAGUUGGAUUUAGCGUAAGAAAAUCUAGAUGCCACAGUAAUAAAUCAGGUGAAUUGUUGGAUAGAGUUUUGUGUUGUAGUGCGCAAGGUAAAAGAGAAAUAGAUAAACGUGAUCAUUUUGUGAAAAACAAGCGUGCUGAAACACGGUUUGGUUGCGAGGCUAAAAUGAUGAUUAGUCGUCGAACUAAGGGCAAUUUAUGUGUGGUCCAAUUUGUGAGCGAACAUAAUCAUUAUCUCACAAGUCCUAACAAAACACAUUUCCUUAGAUCCCAUCGGAAAAUAUCUUCUUCUGCGGCGAUACAAAUUGAGAUGGCAAAUGAAGUUAGAAUCCUCCCCAAAGCAUCUCAUUAUCUUAUGGGCAGACAAGUGGGUGGGCGGGAGUUUUUAGGUAUUAUCCCUGAAGAUUGCAAAAAUUAUUUGCGUUCUAAAAGAACUAGAAUAAUGAUGGCUGGGGAUGCAGGAGAUGUAUUGGAAUAUUUGCAAAAACAACAAUUGAAGGAUUCUCAUUUUAUCAAUGCUAUUCAAGUAGAUGAAGAUGACCUAAUUACUAAUAUUUUUUGGUCUGAUGCUAAGAUGAGAGCGGAUUACGGUCAUUUUGGAGAUGUUAUUUGUUUUGACACAACCUGUAUGAAGAAUAAUGAAGGUCGUCCAAUUGCAUUGUUUGAAGGUGUUAAUCAUCAUAAGCAAACAAUAAUUUUUGGUGUAGCUUUAUUAUAUGAUGAGACAUCUCUGUCAUUCGAGUGGUUGUUUGAUACAUUUAGCAGAGUAAUGGGCGAGAAAAAACCAACAACUAUUCUCACAGAUCAAGAUGCAGCAAUAGCAAAGGCUUUAGUUUUGAGAUGGCCUGAAACACAUCAUCGUUUGUGCAUUUGGCAAAUUUAUCAAAAUGCUACCAUACAUUUGAGUGGUGUUUUUUUGGAGUUUAAAGAGUUUGCUAAAAGUUUUGCCUCUUGUAUAUAUGAUUUUGAUGAAGAGGAAGAUUUUAUUGCAGCUUGGAACCAAAUGUUGACUCAAUAUUCAUUAGAAGAAAAUGAUUGGUUGAGGCAUAUGUUUCUGAUAAGAGAAAAAUGGGCUUUGGUGUAUGGCCGACACAUUUUUUGCGCGGAUAUGACUACGACCCAAAGAAGUGAGAGCAUGAACAGUAUUGUGAAAAGGUACGUCACGUACAAACACAAGUUUUUAGACUUUUUUAAUCAUUUUGAAAGACUACUUGAAGAUCGUCGAUAUGAAGAGUUAAAAAUUGAAACACAGUCUAAACUUAGUGUUCCAUUCUUGGAAUUUCCAAUUGUAAUUUUGAAGCAAGCAAAUAGUAUCUAUACCCCGGAGGCAUACAAGUGUUUUCAAAUCGAGUGGUACAAAUCUCAUGAUUCUAGCGUUAGAACAAUUGAGAAUGAUAGAACUCUUACAAAAUAUAAAGUUACUCCUCCUCAAAAGAGUUACCAUCAUAUCGUUACGGUUGAUUCAUCAUGUGGAAAAUUUGAUUGUGAUUGUAGAAAGUUUGAAUUUGCUGGGAUUUUAUGUUCACAUAUUUUGAAAAUAUUUGCGAUGAACAAUAUCGUAGAGAUUCCAAGUAAGUUCAUACGGAAAAGGUGGACACGGGAAGCUAAGAUUGAAUAUUUUGGAGUUAAUGAUUCAAAUUGUGACCAAGCUAGUAUGUCUACGAAAGUAAUACAAAGUAUGCGAUAUCAAGAACUGUGUGAGUUGUAUGUUCAAUUGAUUACCAAGGCAGCGAAGAGGGAGGACACUUAUAAGAUUGUUAAAGAUAACAUUUUGUGUAUGUUGAAAUUAGUGGGUGAGAAGUUACAAGUUGGUGAGUCGGAUGCCACAACUAUUUUGAAUGAGGUAGACUCUCAUGGAUUAAAAGGAAGAAGAAAACGACCUCAUAUAAAAGAUUAAAAGGUGACUUGGAGAGGACAUCAAAGAAGGGGAAAUAAUCGAGUAAAACCAAACAAACAUCAAUACAUAAGAAGGGUAUGGAGGUCCACUAUGAGACCAAUCCAAGUAUACGUGGAACUCAAUCUUUCGCAGGUAUAACCAUAUCUAUAGUUACUAUCUUUUUAGUACCAAAUUUAAGUAAUAUUUAAAUAUUGUGGUCUAAUUAUUAUGCAAAUUAUAGUCGGUUUGUACGAGCUCAACUCAACAGCGCUAUUAGCUGGAAGUUCGCAGUCUUCAAUGCGAUAUCUGAAAUAUACUAAUGUCCAAAUAAUGCUGUACCAAUGACGUAUCUAGGGUGGGAAUGGUUCGGCCUAUAUGCAUCAUUUGAUGAAAGCACUCCAGCCCAGUCGUCUCCUCGAAUUGGUUUGUCAACCACACUUUCCCUCCAUGUUCCCAUGGAAGACGCAACUUGGGAGUUCUGGACUUUUUUCCGCUCAAAGUUCCCAGAUUCGCUUUGCUACAUACUCUCACUCUGUAUGUAUUAUAGUGUAGUGGUCCACUUAAUUUGUGGUUAAUCUUUUGCUUCCUUUAUGAAUACUAAGCAAAUUAUUUAUGACUUCA